CCAUCUCAACGAUAUUUUCAGACUUCAGAGUUUUUUGCUGACGCGUGUUGUGUUAGAAAUAUUUGCAAUUUUAUAUAUUUGGAAUAUAUAAAUUGACUUAAAUUAAAAAAUGAUUAUAUAUUACAAUAAAGGAAAUCCUUACGGAUUAAAAGUUGAAAUAUGCGUUCGAGCCUCUGGAUCCAAUAUAAAAAUUCAGGAAUUCACUUCAGGAGAACUUGGGAAUUACAGUUUUCCACACUUUCCAUUGCUUGAACUAAAUGAUGGAAAUCAUAUUUUUUCGACUGAUGCAAUAAUCAAGUUUCUAUUGCCCAAUGAGGAAUCUCUGGAAUUAAGAGAUCAAUGGUUGGAAUGGUGUUCAACACGUUUGGCUCCAGCUAUUAUAGCCAAAAACACGAUGGGACACCAAGAACAAGUCCAAGCCGACUCUAUUUUGAAUCAUCUUAUAUUACAGUUGGACCAACAAUUGACUCAAAAGAAUACAUUAUUUUUAGUUGGAUCAAAAGCCACUUCAGCUGAUUUUAGUAUUUGGAGUUUUUUGGCUCAAGAUAAAACGACAUUAAAACUACCUAAAGUACAUGAAUGGUUCAAUCGUGUUGCUUCUGAGCCAUGUAUAAAAACAUUGAAUUUGAAAAUCGAUCAAAUGAAAAUCGAUGUAACAGCUGUAUCCAACGCAAAUAAAUUCGGUGGUAUUUCUCAUAUUCGUGUUGAUAUUCCCGUUAUUGAAAAUGAAUCGCGUGGUCUUGAUGACUCUCCAAGCUAUAUAUCAGAAAGUAUAACUGAUAUUGAGCUGUCAUUUGCUAAAAGUUCAUUCGUCUAUUUUGAACCAAAAAAAACUACUGAACCGAAAAUUAUUUUGCCGACACAAAAUUUACGAAAUGUGUUAGUAACUACUGCGUUACCAUAUGUUAACAAUAUUCCACAUUUGGGAAACAUCAUUGGAUGCGUUUUAUCAGCUGAUAUUUUUGCGAGAUAUUCAAGAUUGGCUGGAUAUAAUACUUUGUAUAUUGGUGGCACAGACGAAUAUGGAACAGCUACCGAAACAAAGGCUAUCGCUGAAAACUUGAGUCCUCAACAAAUUUGUGAUAAGUAUUUUGAUAUUCAUAAUAGCAUUUACCGUUGGUUUGGCAUUGGUUUCGACUACUUUGGGCGUACAUCAGCUGCCGAACAUAAAGGAAUUGUUCAACAUUUUUUCAAAGAACUCCACAACGAAGGGUUUUUGAAACAAGAAAAAGUGGAUCAAUUGCUGUGCCAAAAAUGUGAUCGUUAUUUAGCUGAUCGCUUUGUUGAAGGAACCUGCCCACACACUGGAUGUGGAUAUGAGGACGCUAGAGGAGAUCAGUGUGAUAGUUGCGGAAAAUUAAUAAAUGCUAUCGAACUUAUACGACCUCGAUGUAAGAUGUGCAACGCAGCACCAAUUAUUCGGGCAUCGAAACAGUUUUUCUUGGAUUUGCCAAAGAUUGAAGGCAAAUUAACGAAAUAUAUCGAUUCCGUAUCAUCUCUAUGGACAUACAAUGCACGUGUUAUUACCAAAUCAUGGUUAAAAGAAGGCCUGAAACCACGCUGCAUAACACGAGAUUUGAAGUGGGGUGUCCCAGUACCAAUGGAGGGAUUUGAGGACAAAGUUUUUUACGUGUGGUUUGAUGCGGUGCUUGGCUAUAUAUCUAUGACCAGUCGAUAUACAAAGGAUUGGAAACAGUGGUGGCAACCAGAAAAUCCAGAUAUUAAAAUUGAUCUGUAUCAAUUUAUGGCCAAAGAUAAUGUUCCAUUUCAUUCUGUUGUCUUUCCAUCAAUACUAUUAUCAAUGAAAAAUAAUUUCACUAAAGUCACUCAUAUAAUGGCAACUGAAUAUUUAAAUUAUGAAGAUGGGAAAUUCAGCAAAAGUCGUGGCAUUGGCGUAUUUGGGAAUGAUGCACAAGAUACUGGCAUCCCAGCAGAUGUUUGGCGGUAUUAUUUGGCUGCUGCGCGUCCUGAAGCUCAAGACUCCAGUUUCAGUUGGAAUGAUUUGGUAGCUCGUAACAACUCUGAACUCUUAAAUAAUUUGGGAAAUUUUAUCAACCGUGCACUGGUCUUUUGCGAAAAAAAUUUCAAUUCUAUCAUUUCUACAGUUGUACUUUCUGAUAUUGAAUGUAAUUUAUUAGUGGUCAUAAAUCGUGAAAUAAAAGGAUAUAUUGCUUGUAUGGAAAAGGCAAAAUUACGAGAUGGAAUCCGGCAUACCAUGUCUAUCUCUCGACAUGGAAAUCAAUAUCUACAACUUCAACAGCCAUGGGUAUUACUCAAAGGUUCAGAAGAGGAAAAAAAACGUGCUGCCACUAUAAUAUCUUUCUGUUGUAACAUUGCAUGUAUUUUGGCCAGUUUGCUAUCACCAUUCAUGCCGGAGACCUCACGUAAAAUUUACAAUCAACUUAAUAUUGAAUAUGUUCCGUUGAAUGUAGAUAAACCAGCCCUGCAGCUCUUUUUGAAGUCAGGACAUCGAAUCGGCAAACCAUUUCCGCUUUUUGAUAAAAUUGAACAAAUCAAGCUGGAUGAAUUGAAACAAAAAUAUGGUGGAUUUCAAAAAUCUCAAGAGAAACCUAAAGUGAACUUCAAUUUUCAAAAUAUUGAAGACGCAGAAAGAGCUGUAGAUAUUCAAGGGAACAAAGUUCGAGAAUUGAAGGCAUCCAAGGCUGACAAAAGUGUCGUUCAAGAGCAAGUAAAAAUACUUUUAGAUUUAAAAAAGAACUUAGAAAUCUAUCGAAACCAGAUUGCUUCAAAGUGAGGAACUCAAUUUAACAAACAGUUCAUAUUCAUAUAACAUUGUGUACUUUAUUUAUUGUAUUAAAAAUUCAAAUAAAUAAAUUAUUCGAAUUCUGCAUCAGUUA